CUAAUUAUGGUUUUCACUUUUCCUUGUAAUCGUUUGAAACUACAAAAAGCUUUCCGCUACAGUGCUACACCAAAUCAUCGUUAUCCUUUGAAACUUAAUAUCGAUUAGCUUUUUAGUUACUACUUAUUGUUUGAGAAAGGGAUCAUAUAUGGCGACCGGUAAUACUGGUAGAGGGCUGAUUAGUACGCUCUUGGCAGUGAUCUCUGUGAUGUAUUUGAUUGUGCUUGGUCUUGCUAGCUGGUCCCUGGACAAAUACAUCAACGGCGAGCAACAUCACCCUCAUCUAGGUGGUAAUCCGGCGACAAGUUUUAUGCUGGUGUUUGCUCUCUUAGCUAGUGUAUUAGGUAUAUCCUCCGUCGUAACUGGUCUGCUCCACCAUCGAGUUUGGCGCAGUGAGACUCUGGGCAGUGCUGCUUCACUUGCUAUCAUAUCCGGGGCCAUUACUGCUCUCACCUUUGGUCUUGCAUGCAAGGAGAUUGCUUUAGGAGGUCAUAGAGGAAGGCGUUUGCAAACCCUGGAGGCAUUUAUAAUGAUAGCUAUGGUGGCACAGUUAUUAUACAUGGGGUUGCUGCAUGUUGGCAUGGUGAAUGCUAGAUACGGCCCUGGUUAUAGUCACCCAUUUGGGAAUCUGCCGUACAGAACUAGUAAUCCUGUGGUUGUUUAA